ACACCACUGGUGUGUGUCUAUGUGCCAUUGGUAGGUGUACGGUACCAAAUUAUACCUAGUGGUACUUGUUUAGAUGAAUCCCAUAGAAAUAAACAAACUAAUUCAUAGGUUAUUAUUAUUGUGCAAUUGCCAUCUUCAAUAGGCUACCUGGUCGUUUAUCUACUGUAAAAUAAAGGCUUACCAAAUCUAUAUAGAGCAGAAUAAAAAUAUAUACGUCAUAAUUCAACAAAAUAUUGUACAUGCAAAAAUGCUAAAUUGUUAUUCUGUAUAAAAAAUGUAAGCUUGACGACACCUGUCGGCCAUACGCAGCAUUCAAGAUGCUGAGAUCAGACCGUUUGAAUUGAGUCAAAGGCCGUAUAAACCCAGUCACCCUCCUGUCAUGACCAUUACGUCUGCAGACACUGUGAACUCUAUCUGUACUGACACACACACACACACACACACACACACACACACACACACACACAUACAUACACAACUCUUUCUGCGCAAACUGUGACUAAUUUGAUGAUCUUAUUAUUGCAUGACUUUGACUGGACCAGUCAUACAUAAUUCCAUAUAAAUUUGAGAGAGAUGACGUGAGUUUUGGGAAUCAGAGAGGUGAAAACAAGAGGACUCUUGGCCAGUGUUAAGCAUGUGAGGUGAGAGUGAAGGGUUUUUUCUCACUUCACUUACACUCAUCAUUUCAGAAUUAGCGGGUACACACAGCUAUUUCAGAUUAGUAGUUAAUGGACCCAAUUUGACAGUGCACCCCCUCACCUGAUCCCUCAACCUUGCUCACAUACACAGUAAUACACACACACUGAUGAGGCAUUUGGUGCAGUAUAUGAAGGCCAUAAUCAUUUGAGAUGAGUACUAGUAGUUUUUAGAGCCUCCCUCUCCCAAAAUAUUAUACCAAAGUGUUGUUGCCACGGAUACCUUACCAGUCCUUAUCCUGCCUAAGGGGUAAGUGGAAGCUAUAAGGUGUGGCUACAACCGUCUGGCAAUGUGUGUGUGUGUGUGUGUGUGUGUGUGUGUGAGACGGAGGUGAGUCAGAGAACACACCCUGGUCCUGGCUGUUAGUCAGUGGCUAUGGAGAAAAACAAUAUGUAUUCAGCAGCCCGGAGGCUAGGUUUUAUUACACACAGGUGAUGAUCCACACACCGCCACACACCAACACACAGAAUGCCAGGGUUACCACAUAGCUGUGCCAAGCCGUUUUACUGCCUGCAGGAUAAACAUUUAGAGAUGUGUGUGUGUGUUUCUGUGUGUGUUUGUGUUAGUAUGUGUGUGUAGACUGAUUUAGAUGGGAAUGACAAAGAGAAUAAUACUCAAAAUGGGUUCAUUUACAAACGUUUUUGCGCAAUGUUUCAUAAACAAUCACUGCAUACUUAGACUACUCUCCUUGUUGAGACAAGCUGCUAACCCAACCACUCAUCCACAGCUAUGUUUUACCACAUCGCUACAGAGAACUGUUUAUAAUGUUAUUCUCUGUAGUUUAUCCCCCCACUGUUCAUUUUGGAAGGUCCACCCUUUUCAAAAAUAUGUUGUUGUUAGUACUGUAUGUGUGUGUGUGCGUGUGUGUAGGUGUGUGUGUGUGCAUGUGUGUGUGUGUGUGUGUUUGUAUUCAUCCCAGCAGGGUGUGGUUGCAAAGGGGAAGGGUGUGUCUGCCAGUUACCUUUCUGACACACUCUGUAUCAUGUAGCCAGGUGAGACAGUGUUUAUAAGGACACAUCCAAGAACCCACACACACAUUUAGACAGACUGAGAUUCUGAACAGCACACACACACGCGCGUCUACAUACAUACACCUACAACUGAAUUUCUCAUAGUAGGAAACAAAGAUGUGGAUUUUAUUCCAGUUAGCAGCCCUGACUGCAGUGGCUGCGACUCAGAGGGACUGUUCUCAGGGGGCCUGUUACCCCCCAAUGGGAGACCUGCUCCUGGGUAGGGACCGUCAGCUCCACGCCUCCUCCACCUGCGGCCUCACCGGCUCUGAGGUCUUUUGCACCCUCUUCGGACAGUCGAGGAUGAAGUGUUGUCCCUGUGACUCCAGGAACCCAUCCAGUCAGUUGGCUCACACCAUCCAGGAUGUUCUAUCCACUGCUGGACCCAACAGGUGGUGGCAGGCCAGGAAAGACGUGAGUCCGGUCACCCUACAGUUGGACCUACAGAACCUGUUUCAGCUGGACACCCUCGUUCUGACCUUCAAGGGUCCUCGUCCCAGUGCGCUGGUGGUGGAGAGGACGCUGGAUAACGGUAAAACAUGGCAACCUGCUCUCUACAUGGCCUCAGACUGCAGCUCGGCCUUCCCUGGCAUUGCCAUGACUAUGCCACGUUCCCUGGACCAGACCUAUUGCUACACUCUGCCCCCCGCCACCACUAACCCCUACCAGGACCAGAUUAUUCAAUUCAGCCCCUUGCGUCAGUUCUCUACCAUCAGCAUCCCCAAUGGGAGGAAGAUUCAAGAGGUGUCAGGAUUGACAGGCCUGCGGGUGAUGCUGACUAAGCUGGGUGCUGUGCCCCGCCUGCCGGGCCGCGCUCCCUCUCUGUUCUACGCCCUCAGAGAGAUGAGAGUGAUGGGCACCUGCCUCUGCCACGGCCAUGCCAACCGCUGUCUGCCGGAUACUAACCAGCUACCUAACACACAGGUCAGUGCUCAGUGUGAAUGCCAGCACAACACAGCAGGUACAAACUGUGAGCGCUGUGCAGAUCUCUACAACGACCUGCCCUGGAGACCUGCAGAGGAGGGACAUACACAUACCUGCAAACGUUGUGAGUGUAACAACCACGCCCAGCGGUGCCGUUUUGACCCAGCUGUGUAUGAGUCGAGCGGACGGAGGAGUGGGGGGGUGUGUGAGAGCUGUCUGCACCACACGACCGGGCCCAAGUGUGACCGCUGUGCCCCUGGAUACCAACCCAACCACCGGAGCAGCAUGGACCGGCCUGAUGCCUGCAUACGCUGUCAUUGCAGUGCUGAGGGGGUGGAGAAUGGGGAUCAGUGUGAUGACGUCACAGGGUCCUGUCGCUGUAAGGCCAAUGUUGAUGGAUCGCGCUGUGACCGCUGCAAGAUGGGAUACUACGGUCUGACCGCCUCCAACCCUCUGGGCUGCAACAAGUGCCCGUGCAGUAAAGAGGGCUCCGUGUCCAGUGUGUGUGACCCUGUGAGUGGUCAGUGUCCUUGCCGACCCCACCUCCAGGGGCUGACCUGUGACCAAUGUUCCCAUGGUUACUGGAAUCCAUCCUCCCCCCGUGGUUGUGAGCCCUGUCGCUGUGACCCCACCAACUCCCAUGGUGACACCUGUGACCAGAGUACGGGUCAGUGUCAGUGCAGGUCAGGGUUUGGAGGUCGUACCUGUACAGAAUGCCCUGACAACACCUACGGAGACCCACUCAUUGGCUGCAGAUCGUGUCAGUGUGCUGCUGGUGGCACAGUGCCAGGAGGCUGUGAUAAGCGUACGGGGGCCUGCCAGUGCCAGCUGGGUGUCACAGGUGCCCGUUGCGAUGCCUGUACCCGUGGCCACUGUGACUCCUUCCCUGACUGUGAGGUCUGCCCCUCCUGCUUUUUCUCUCUGGACAUGAACAUCCAGAACCUUACCCUGGGCCUGGAGAGACUCUUCUCCAGGAUUCCCUCUCUUCCUGGGGGCUCGUUGCCUACCGGUCUGGGUCCCCGCAUCAGAACCCUGGAGGCCACUCUCACCCAGAUACGAGACUCUCUCCCAAUGCCACCUCCCUCUGCCAGACAAGUCAAUGACGCCCUCUCUCAGCUCCGCAGGCUAAGGGACCAGUUGGAUCAGGUGGAUGGAGAUCUGUCACCCCAAGGCCGAGCCCCUGAGCUUGGCUCACAGCUGGACGAACUCCAGGCUCUACUGGACGGCCUGGGUCUGGUGUACAACACCAAGAGAGAUGCUCUCAGGAACUCUGUCAACUCCAACUAUGCAGGGGCCUUCUCUUCCAUAAAGAAUGCCUAUGACGAGUCAACUGACUCGGCCAAGAAUGUUGAUGCUAGUGGGAAGACUGUAGAGCGGUCAACAGCGGUCAGAGAAGACGCCCUUGACCUCCAGAACCAGGUCCAACCAGCCAACACCAUAGACCUGGAGAAACUAAACCAGCAGCUGAACACCAAACCUGACCUCACACCCACUGCCAAGCAGGUGUGUGGAAGCGUGCGCUUUGCCCCCUGUACCCCUGCUCAGUGUGAUGGUGAGCUGUGCCCUGCGGAGGGGGCGCCACCCUGUGGCCGUGGGGAGCGUUGCGUCGGGGCUCUGCCUCUGGGGACCCGGGCUGUGAGUGAUGCUGAGGAGGUGAAAGACAGACUGAAGCAGCUCAAUGGGAAGAUCACACAGGCCGCUGCACGGAUCCAGGAAACACAGGACACAGCCAAUCAGGUCAGACAGUCCACGGACGAUCUGGCCAAUCAGAUGAGGCAGGCCAGGGAUGACCUGGAUGCAGAUCUGCAGGAGACAAGAGACUUUGUUAAAGAGCUGAAGGACUUCCUGUCAGACCCGUCAUCAGACCUGACACUCAUCAGUACGGUGAGUGAGUGGAUCCUGAACGCCAAGCUGCCUGUCAGUCUGGCUACUCUGAAGAGGAAGCUCAAGGAGAUCAGAGACCUGGCGGCAGGACUCCCAGACAGCACUGCAGUCCUGGACCAGGCUGGACCACAGCUCGACACCGCCCGACGCCUGCUACAGGAGGCCCAGGACGCCAGGGAUGCUGCGCUGGGUGUGAAGGCUGAUGUUGACGGGCUGUUGGAGGGCUUCACCACCGUGGAGGGCUCCCUCUCUGGCCUGGAGGACAAAGUGCAGGACAGCCUGGACAUAGUUGAUGACAUCAGCAGCAACCUCACACAGACCAAGGCCCAGUUGUCUCCAGCGGUGAAGGCUCUAGGGGAGGUGUCUGCCCUGGCUGAGGGGAUGAAGCCUCAGCUGGAGGGGCUCUGGGCUCUGGUGCGCUCUGGAGAUAUGCUGGCCCAGAAUGCAACAGAAGACGCUGAUAAAGCUAAGAGGGAGGCAGACGCUGCGGCCAAGGAGCUGGCAUCCCUGGAGAAGCAGCUGGAGAAGCUGCGUGCUGCAGAGAGGACCAGUGGGCGUGGCGAUGGGACAGGGAGAGCAGGGGAGCGUCUCCAGAAGCUGCAGGAGGAGGCUGGUUCUCUGGCCCAGGACACUGGAGACAUGAUAAAGGCACUAGCAGGUAAAGCAGACUCUCUGCAUAGUCUACAGGGUGAGGUCCUACUAACGUCCCAGAGGCUGAACGGACUGGAAACCAAACUGCUGGACCUCCUGGCUGACAUGAGACAGAAGGUCACGAUCCUCUCCACCUGCCAGGGCUGAGGUCAAAGGGCAGAGGUCAUGCUCACAUAGUAUGUUCUUUGGGAUAAAGCGAUGUUACAUAUUUAUUUUGUUCCACUUUUGUCGAAUGAAUGUCCCAAUAAAGAGCUUUAUUAUUGAUGUUGA